ACUGGGAGCUGGUCUCACCGAGAGUCUGGACGGGGAGGACGCGCACGGUAGAUCACCCAGCGCAAAGGAGAAGCUCCAGCUUAUGAACGGUUACAGCAGUGGUGACCCGAGGAGUCCACGGUGGGGAGUUUGGGGACCUAGUGAUUGAUGGUUAUCAUUCUCACGGAAAGGUGAUCGCCCACGAAGAGUACAAAGCGUGUGACGCUGUCACACCGAGGUGGCUUUGUCCUGCUCCCUGCAGAAGGUGGAACCAGGAGGUAGGACCCGGGAGUCAAGCCCUCUCCCCAGCCCCAGCCCAGCACGUCCCCAGCCACUAGGCUCCGCCAAGCGAGCGAGCGAGCGGUCAGCGGGGAGCCGCGUGCGUCCCGUCCCGAGGCGACGCCAGCAGCCGGCAUGGCCCCCGCAGCGGCAUCGGGUGGCAGCAGCCUGCCCAGCGGCUUCUCGGUCUUCACCACCUUCCCGGACCUGCUCUUCAUUUUGGAGUUUGUCUUUGGGGGCCUGGUGUGGAUCCUGGUUGCCUCAUCGCGGGUGCCCAUGCCCCUGGUCCAGGGCUGGGUGAUGUUCGUGUCUGUGUUCUGCUUUGUGGCCACCACAGUCCUGCUCAUCCUGUACCUGAUUGGUGCCCACGGUGGGGAGUCUUCCUGGAUCACCCUGGACGCAGCUUACCACUGUGUUGCUGCCAUGUUUUACCUCAGUGCCUCCGUCCUGGAGGCUUUGGCCACCAUCGGGAUGCAAGAGGGCUACACCUACAAAUACUACCACGAAAACAUCUCUGCUGUGGUGUUCUCCUACGUAGCCACUCUGCUGUACGUGGUCCACGCCGCGUUUUCUUUAAUCAGAUGGAAAUCUUCAUAAAAUGGCAGCUGAAAACCCAGACGGUGUUAACAGAUCAGCCCACCUUCCAGCAUAACAUUUGGGAACACAGAAAUGCUCUCGGUGGUGGAAAAAAGGCGGCCAAAAAAAGCAAGGCUCUGUUUCUCGUAGGUGUUCUGUUUACCCGCCCGCACAUCUUCACGUCAGUGGCGGGGGCUUGUUAUGUUUAACCUCCAACUACUGACCUGUCUUUCUAGGGUCGUUUUCUAUUUGUGACGGGGGGUGGUGGCAAGUGGGCAUUGUGAUCUGGGAAAACACAGUGAAAACAAAGAUCCCUUGCUGAUCCCCGGCCCACAUCUUGAGAACUGUCUAUUGGAAUUUUCCACCGGCUCUUUUGAGCACCCAUCUUGGGCAUGCGUGUUCUAAGUCUUCAUGGAUAUCUAUCUACCUGUCACAGGCAAGUUAAAACUCACCCAGCAAAUAUUUGCAGGUAUCCCCAGUGGAAGAUGCUAAACCUUUGAAAUACUUUAUAAAGUGCCUUUAUGUUCAAGA